CUUGGAAAAAUGUCUUUCUAUAAUGACCUCAAAAGACGAGGUUAUCCUGAGACUGUAAAGAACAGAUAAACCUUAUUUUCCCCUAAAAGUUUUCAUUUAAUAAUAUAUUUCUUAUUUUAAUACGAAAGAAAAUACAAUUGAAACAAAUAUGAACACGAAUGAUAAAUUUUAAUGCUGAUAAAAUUGAAUUCUGAUAUGUAUUUUAAAAAUUAUUCUAACACAUAUACAAUUUCUGGAAUAUGAAAGAUUUUUAAAGAAAUUAUAUUAUUGAAAAAUUGUGAAGACAACAAAAUUGAAUGCAAUAUUCUUUUAAACUAUCUUUCUAAAAGGUAUACCGGUAUAGCUUAAAAAUAUACGAACAUGAGAAAAUCGAUAUUGAUAAGGUUUACAAGUAAUGUCAAUUUUAGAAGGUGGGCAAUUCAUUCGCUCCGCCCCUAAAUGUUGAAAUUUUAUAGACAAGAAACGUGUUGAAAAUAUCUUACAUUUCCCUAAACAAAAGUGAAAAGGCUAUGUUUCCGUUAUUUUUUUUCGUAAUUGUUCUUUGCAUUGAUAAUUAUCAUUGCAGAUCUUUUAACCACGAAGUGAAAUACGAACAUGAAAAUGGAGAAUUACUGAUACUUAACAGCCGUGGUCGAUUUGCAGAAAUAAUCGACGUAGACGAAACAAAUUCUAUCAAGAGAAUUCUGUGUCGGCAUGGAUUGAUAAUGAUUGCUUUUAAAGAAAAUCAUAAUAAACCUCAGUGGAAAGAAAGACAGAUUCUACUAGGAGGCAGCAAAUGGAACUGUUCAUUAGGACAGGAAAGACCAUCUGAAAAUGGAAUUUAUGCAAAAGUUAGGAAGAUAUUUCAUCCCACAAACACGCGUAUGGACAUUUUAACUAAAACAGUGAGUCCACUGGACAUACUGGAAGAAGCCAAAAUACAUCUUCAAUACACAACACACGUGGAUAACAAAAAACGCCAGAAGAGAUACCUUUCCAAUAUGUUAACAGAUCUCCUAAACAACGUCGACUGGCACGCAAAUGUUUCCCUGAAAGUCCACUACAAUCUUGACAAUGAGACGGACAGCGAAAAGUCAAAUAUUACUUUGCAUCGAUACACAGGUCUGAAGAAUUUAAUCAAGUGGGACAUGACAGAUAAUAAUAAUUAUACAAACCUAACAGACACUCUGGAUAAGACUUUUACUUGGGACUGUCUAUCAUGCUACAGUGUUACCCAAAUUAAUUAUGUGUUUGACCUGCUCAUAUACAAAGUCGAUAAUAAACCAGUGCUUAAGCAUUACGUCUCCCAGUUAGACUCGGUUCUAAAAUUGAACGCAGACUUCCGAAUGCGAUUUUUCAAAGAAGCCACCAUAAGCGGUUCUCGUGUGUUGUGGAAUACACCCAAACAUGAACUCAUUAAUAUCACUUUGGCAAAGGCGCCAAAAUUACCUCCAGUCCAGCUGGUAGUCACCUCUAACAAUGUUGUCUUCGCCAAAAUCCAUGGUGCCGUAUCUCAGUAUUCCGUUGUUAACACGAGCUUUCAAGCACAUGGACAAUAUACACUGUCUAAUAGUCUAUCUGAAGGAAAGCCAUCACAAGGCGAUGCCACCACGUAUAACUGGAAUAUUGACUCUGGAACUCUAAAUGUUGAGACCAAUGGGAACGCAAAUAUCACGGCAUCUAUAUUUCAAACAGUUGUUUUUAACGCUUCAGUUUUAUGGUCAGGAAAAGACGUAUCUGCCAUCUUAUCGCCUCCUGCUAUAAUAACAAUAAAACCGACCGUGAAAAUAGAAUCAAAUUCUUCGACAUUUUCACGUUGUUACAGAAGUAGAAUUAUUGUUGAUGGAGAAUUUCAAAUAGCAAGAGCAAUGUUUAAUGUUCAUGCAUUCGGACUUAAUAUAUGGGACGUCUUGAUAGCAAGCAAAUUCCAUCGACACAUGGUAAUGUUACAAAAAGUCAUAAGUGAACGGUGUGCAGCAAAGUGUGGUUCCCCUUUCAAUCUUGGUCCGCCUAAAUCAGCAGAGGAAGUAUGCGGGAAAAUGGUUCACAAGAUCUCAGCCCAGCAAUCGUCUUUUAAAAAGCUUAACGUCCUGCUGGGAGACAGUAUUUAUUUUGCCCCAGACAAUUUUACUAGGGAAGAUUGGUGUGGAGAAACAAAGACAUCUUGCACUAACUGUAAUGAUGAACAUCAAAAUGUUUUUUGCUCAAAAAGAUACGCUUCUGCUAAAAUGGCCACAGCACUUGCGACCCUUGUGGAAUUGAUCCGUGUUGAGUUUCCCACACGAAAGUUGAUCGUAGAAGAAGGUUUCCAGGAGAUAAGCUCAAGGUAUCCAUUAGGUAAACAUGGGGAAAGUUCUCUAUUCUACGAAGGGAGAGGCGCUGUGCUUUCUAUUUCACAGCCGAUCAAAACAGAUGUUCUGAAAGAGUCCGAUGUAAACAUUCUCCAAAAGUUGUCCCAGUUAGCCGUAUGUUCUGGCUUUGAAUAUGUUAACUUUAUAAAUAGCACAAAUGAAGUAGAAGUUGCCGUUACACAUGGUGAUUAUCAUCGAAAUGAAAACCAAGAAGAUGGAAAAGAAUCAUUUGAUGAAAUCAUUAGUGUAAAAGCUUUACAAAUAAGCCCAUCGUCCUGCGCCACAAUUCGUCCAUCAACUCUUGGCAUUGGACAGACAUACCCAUCACAGACAUCGGAAAGAAUAGUUUGUGGCAAUUCAUUUUCAAGGGUUUCCAGAUUUUAUAAUACUAUUUAUGAUAGGCUUUAUCAGUACACAUUUGACGAUAUUAAGUUUGCCCCAGAGGAUCCUGCCUCUAUGUGGUGUGGAAGCCCUCUUAGACCUUGUUCAAACUGCAGUUCAAUAUCAACAAGGAACUCGUGGAACAUAUGUUCAAAUAGACUCAUGACACCUAGAGCUGCUUUAAGGCUUCGAAAACUUACAGUUUUGGUUCGGCAUCAUUCAUCAAACAUCAGAGUUCUUAAAGCCUUUGAAGAGGAAAAUGAGAAGAACAGAAAUUCGAUUGAAGAAUCGUCCUUAUAUAGAGAGGGGAGGGCUUUAAUGAUUCAAAUGGAAGAACCGUCUUCAAUAUCAUACGCCAAGUUGGCCGGUUUAGCAAUAUGCGCUGGUUUUGAUUUCGUCACACACAUGAAUGAUACCUUUUUGGAAGUUUUUGUGAAACCUCAAGAACAAUUUAUUUCUCAAAUUAUAAUGUAUCCGAGCGGUUUAAUUUUUACUGGUGUAAACAAUCGAAAUACAGACUUUGAACGGGAAUACAUACUUCCCUCUCUUUUUGCUAAUGAAUCAAGAAUACCCCUUUUAAUUGAUGGGCAAAAUGAAAAUUCAAAGCUCUCUUUGCGAUAUGCAAUAUCUGAUUUCAGAUGCCCCGGGUACAGGUUUUUACGAAUUGAUCCCUCAAUUGUAGAGUGCUUAGAACUAGCUUCAGAUGAAUUCGGUGAAAAAAUAGAAGUUCUAUCAGGUUAUCGAGCAAGAUCAGUCAAUUUAGAAAAUAUCGAUAUGAGGCCCAUUCAUGAAAGGUUUCGUUUCCAUGUUGGGCAAAGUGUAGAAAUUGCGUCUAAGAGAGGGGCAGAGAUAGAUCUCAUAAAAAUAGGAAUUGCUAUAAUGAGAAUGUGUCCCCCUAUUUCAAGACCCCAGCAAAGAACAAUAGGUUUAGGGUGUCAUAAAGACAGGCUUUAUUUAGACUUUCAUCCAAUGAAAUAUGGAAAUGAAGAACUCUACAUCGAUUUGUGGAAUAACGGCGGGAAGUCAAUCUAUUUGAAUUUGCUACCACGUGUGAGAACAGCAUUGAAAGGAGGUCCUGUCAUAGUUCCUCUGAAUAAAAGUAGAGCUUGUCAAACUCGAAUUGACCAAGGACUUUCCUACCUAGUUUUCCAGCUAGGCCAAAAAGAACAAUGCAAAAGCACCACAGAUCUGGAAUUCUGUUCAAAGACUCUUCAGUACAGGAAAGAACAAGCUGAUUUACUCCAAGAACGGUUGUCAUCUGCAGCAGGGUCUCAAAACCUGCCUAGAUCUGAGAUAAUUUCAGAAAUAAAUGCAUGCAUUGUUGACACCUGUGGUGGAUGUUUGGAUUCUGGGUCUACCUGGGACAAAAAAGUUCGAAGAUGUUCUGUCAUGGUUAAUAAAUAUAUUAAAAGAGCCUCCAGACCAUUCCAAAGUCUGUACAACAGAGCGACAUUUUUUAAUACUGGAAACCACGAAUCAACAGUUCAUUCACUAGCCUGUCAUUUUGGAUUUAUAUGUGUUGAAAAUAUACAGAUUUAUUCCCUUUUGAUGCCGCUUUUAACUGCAACAUUUCGACCCGACCCUUCACGUAGUGUAGAGGAAAGACUUUUUACUCCUGAAGAUAAUCCAUCUCCCCUGUUGGAAAUCAUAUCACAGGAAAUGGCAAUCAGGGCUAGUGGGGUUGUUCGUGUAUUCCUAGAUUCUUCGAAAGAUUUGUCAAAUCUUCGACAUGUCCUUAAGGUCCUUUUGGUUCACAACACUAACGUGCAAGAGGUACAGUUUCAUAUAACAGAAAAUCUCAAGAAAGAAACUAUAAAAGCCUCGCUUCAAAGAAAAAUUGAAACCUGGUCUGGUACCACGUGCAAUACUUGGUCGAGAUUUGCAGUAGCUCCAUACAGCAUACAGAUUAUUCCAAAUCAUCGCCACAAGAGAAGCGUCUUUAGGAGUGCGGCACGUAACCAUGCAAAGCACAUCUUGCGUAAUUGGGAGUACGAAUGGUUGUCCAAAAUAUAAGGAAUCUGAUUAACAUUUUUCUAUUUAAUGCACUGUAGUCUUAUAAUCAUUGUGCUGUA